GUGAUGAUUCUUUAUCUCCACCACUAGAAGGAGCAGUUCGGCUGAAGAUGGACCAUGAACUCCAGCUCCUGAACCCAAACACUCUCAGCUGGAUUGGCUGCUGGUCUCACGUGUCUGACCCAGUUCAGCUCGGUGGAUCUGCUGUGAGUCUGACUGAGAGCAUCCCAUACACUGCUGUCCCAACACCGCUAACCCCAUCCUGCCCGGACCUUCUGCCCUGGACCAUCCAGAACCACCCAGAACCCUUCUGUGUACCGUCUCACAGCACACAGAACCUCAGAACCACCAGCCUGGACCAGCCAGGACAGCCUGCAGACAUGAUGCCGAUGAUUAUCUCAGUGUUUCUGAGUGAUAACGAGCAGCUGCUGACGGAGGUGCCGAUCACGGCGGAGACGCUGUGUAAGGAUGUGGUGGAGUUCUGUAAGGAGGCCGGAGAGAGCGGCUGCCACCUCGCUGAAGUGUGGAGGGGGAACGAGAGAAAGAUCCCGUCGAAUCAUCCGAUGCUGGAGCACCUGCAGAAAUGGGGUCAGAGGAGGCAGGAGGUGAAGUUUUACCUGCGGCGAGAGGAUCCACCUGCCAGGCCCAGCGAGCAGGGAGGUCAGCCAGUGGAUCAGGCCAGCAGGACGAGUCGAGGGAAGAUGGACAAACCCUGCGAGAACGGGGUGGGGACUCCGCGGGUGGAGAUGACUCUGUCGGAGCUUCAGGAGAUGGCCAUUCGGCAGCAGCAGCAGAUAGAAGCUCAACAGCAGAUGCUGGUCGCAAAGCUCUCCUCUGUCCGGUCCGAGGAGCAGCGGUUGAGGUAUCUGAAGCAGCAGGACCCGCGGCAGGCCGGGUGCGAGCCGGAGAAGCUGCAGAAGCUGAGGGAGCAAGUGGAGAGUCAGGAGGCCAAGCUGAAGAAGAUCCGCGCCAUGAGGGGUCAGGUGGACUACAGCAAGAUCAUCAACAGCAGCCUGUCGACGGAGAUAGAGCAUGUGAGCAGUCUGUUCCAGGAGAAGCAGGCGGAGCUACAGCACGCGGUGCUGAAGGUGGAUCAGCUCACGCAGCAGCUGGAUGACCUUCGACACGGACGCAUAAACAGCCUCCAGCCUGUGGGGGCGCCACUGAGUGGAACGGCGGCGCUGGAGCUUCGUAAACUUUAUCAGGAGCUACAGAUCCGGAAUAAACUGAAUCAGGAGCAGAACAGUAAACUGCAGCAGCACAAAGACAUGCUGAAUAAACGCAACCUGGAGGUCACCAUGAUGGACAAACGCAUCGAGGACCUGAGAGAACGACUCUACAAGAAGAAAGCUGAGUUGAGUCGGAUGGGGGGUCCUCCCUCUCCUCAGCCCGGUUCUGUUAGCUCCGGUCGGGUCGCGGCCGUGUUCCCGUAUAUCCAGGUCCCGGCGGGGGGCAGGCAGGAUGGGGGGUACACUUUACCCCCGGACCCCCUGAAACCACACACACUCCCAGCCCCCAUCAACCACAUCCGCUCCAAAUCAGAGGUCGAUGGGGUGAGGAAGCCCGUGGGCCCCUGGAAGGUCUCAGACUUAGACAUCAUAGUGGACCCUGUGGUGGCCUGCGCUGAGUCCAGAGCGGGGCCCGGGUCCCCCGCAGGCCCCGACCGAACCGCCUCGAACGAUGCAAACUGGCCCUCCUUCACCGAGAGUAAAGCUCCAGACUGGAAGGACGCCAGCCGGGACCCGGGCAGCAUGGCGGGCGGUGAUAAGGAUUCCCCCAAAGUGCUGGGCACGAUAACGGCCUUGUCCCGACAGCCGCCCCCCAUCUAUGGCACCUACCCCAGCGCGGGGCAUCACUCCACAGUCUGUGCCACCAGCUCCCUGCCCCGCUCUGCCCCGGGCACCCUGUCCUGGCAGAGAGCGCCCCCUACCUGCGGCUCGUCCUCUCAGCAGAUCCAGCAGAGGAUCACGGUUCCUCCCAGCCCCACCUCCCAGUCCAGCUCGCCCUUCGCCCCGCAGUCCGACAGAACCGAGCCCCCGCUGGCCGCCGCCGUGCGGCCCUUCAUUACCGACCGGGGGUCUCGACCACAGUCCCCCAGGAAAGGUCCCGCCACCAUGAACUCCAGCUCUAUCUACCACAUGUACCUCCAGCAGCCCACCUCCAAAAACUACCCCAGCAGCAGCAGCAGCAGAGCCGCCAUCAAAGCAGUCUAUGGUAAACCAGUGUUGCCAGGAUCCGCCUCCGCCUCCCCUGUGCCCUUCCUGCACCAGACCUCUAGAGAUGAGUCGGACCGUGAUGCCGAACCCGAGGGCACCCCAAACCCAGCGCCAGCCGUGGACGGCAUCCCCCGCCCCCUCAGCCCCACCAAGCUCACCCCGGUGGCCCACUCGCCCCUGCGCUACCAGAGCGACGCCGACCUGGAGGUGCUGAGGAGGAAACUAGCCAACGCCCCUCGACCCCUGAAGAAACGGAGCUCCAUCACCGAGCCCGAGGGUCCGAGCGGCCCGAACAUCCAGAAACUCCUCUACCAGAGAUUCAACACGCUGGCCGGAGGCAUGGAGUCCAGCGUAGGCGUGCCGCCGUUUUUCCAACCGGACAGCCCGCUAAGCUACAUGGGUUUGGACACUGCUAACGGGAAUUUGCUUGAACCCGGAAUUCUAGCAGCUCCUAUAGCGGAAACACCCGUUCCAGAACCAUCAGGCCCAUCUUCAUCACCCACAGCUGACACCAGUGAAAACGGAUCAGCUGAUCUAACCGAGUCCGAUCUGCUCACGGACACCUCCGCAUCCGUACCGCCUCCUAAAGACAGCCCUGAGGACAGUCACUACAAUAACCAGAAUAAUCAGACAGAAAGUACAGAGACACAGCCCAGCCCACCACCUGAGACCCAAACGUCUUCUACAGAAGAAGAAGAGCCAAUAGAGGAGCCUGGCAGUGCUGCUUCAGGGAAACGGACCAACCUGAAGAAGCCCGGUUCUGAGAGGACGGGUCACGGGCUGAGGGUGAAGUUUAACCCCCUGGCGCUGCUGCUGGACGCCUCUCUGGAGGGCGAGUUUGACCUGGUGCAGAGGAUCAUAUACGAGGUGCAGAACCCCAGCACUCCUAAUGACGAGGGCAUCACCCCGCUCCAUAACGCCGUGUGCGCCGGCCACCAUCACAUCGUAAAGUUCCUGCUGGACUUCGGCGUCAACGUCAACGCAGCCGACAGCGACGGAUGGACUCCCCUGCACUGCGCUGCCUCCUGUAACAGUGUGCAUCUCUGUAAGCUGCUGGUGGAGUCUGGAGCGGCGAUCUUCGCCACCACCAUCAGCGAUGUGGAGACGGCGGCGGAUAAGUGCGAGGAGAUGGAGGAGGGAUACAUCCAGUGCUCCCAGUUUCUGUAUGGUGUGCAGGAGAAGCUGGGGGUGAUGAAUAAAGGUGCGGUUUACGCUCUGUGGGACUAUAAAGCUCAGAGUUCAGAUGAACUGUCCUUCAGUGAGGGAGACGCUCUGACCGUCCUGAGACGCAGAGACGACUCCGAGACCGAGUGGUGGUGGGCCAGACUCAACAACCAGGAGGGAUACGUCCCCCGAAACCUGCUGGGGCUGUAUCCGAGGAUCAAGCCCAGGCAGCGUUCUCUGGCCUAGCGCCCCCUUGUGGUCAGAAAGGAGAAUGCAGGCUUGUUCCUGAGCUCGGUGUGAGCCCCCAGCUGGACGCUCCGGCCUGGCUUUGCCCUCUUCUGGCACUAGUACCACCCUGAACACGGAGGAACGAGGGCGGGGCCAAGAGAGGGCGGGGCCAAGAAAGGGCGGAGCAUGGAGCAUGUGUGGAGACUGGAGUUAGAAUGGACUUAUUAUUAUUACUAUAUAGCUGCUGGUGGGGCUGGAACUUGAUCAGAUUUCAGUCUGUUUUUACUACACUUUGCUCUCUCGUCCAUAUCUGUGUUUAAUAGGGAAUCUGCUGGAUUUCCCUUUUUCUUUCCCAGACUGGGACUUCCUGUGCGCGAGUGCGAGUGUACGUGAGUGUGUGUAUGUGUGCACGAGUGUGUUUUUGAGGGCAGUCUGAGAGAGAGAGAGGAUGCAGCGCAGGUUCCUGGUGUACGUGAGAGUUCUGUAUGUCGGAUGCAGGAAGUUUCGAGGGUCACGUCUUUCGUCUCCAGCAUUUACGGAGCGACAGAUUCAGGAAGAAGGAAGGAAGGAGUGAGGAAGUGAAAGGAAGGAAGGAAGGAAAUGUCGAGGUGAGGGAAAAGUUACUGAAAGAUUCAGAGGAAGUGUCCUAGAGUGAGACGUGCAUGUUUUUUAUAUGUGGAGGAGUUUGUGUAGGAGGGGCUGUGCUGCAAAAACUGUGAUAUUUUGUUAUUUUGGCUUGUGAAGGCAUCUGUAACUGUGUUAAAAUGUGUUGUUUUAAGAAUAUAAAAUAAUAAUAAUAAGAAGAUAAUAAUAUAAGAUCAAUUACGUUUUUUUUAGAGAAAUAAUGAAUAAUAUUUGGCUAAUCUGUAAUCAUUUCAGUCUGCUGGUUGAGAACCUUAGACAGUACACAGCAGGAUGGAUUAGCCAGCAGACUUCACCAGAGGGAGGACUCUGUACCUACUGUCCGUGACAAGUCAGCAGAGAGUGUAAAGAGUGAACUAGCUUGUUUGUGUUUUGCCAUUUAGCACAAGCUAACGUGUGGUUAAUGCUUAGUUUGGCCAGCAACAGCUUAUUUGCAUAAAAGUGAAAAAGCCCAACUGCUACGAUAUGUUUGUUAGUAUUGUUGCUCUAACACUGCCGACGCUACCAGUUAGGAUCACACUUACAGUACUAGCUCCAAACCUAUGUCUGUUAGCAUCCUGGCUAAACCACCUCCCACCCAUGCCGAGGCUUUUAGCCUGUCUUUUAGCUUUGCGGCUAUAACCUAACCUAGCAGUUAGCAUUCGCAGCUAACAUGCUUGAAACCUUCUGAGGCUUUCUGCUGUGUCUGUUAGCAUUGUGGCUCCAAAUCCACCCGAAGUUAGUUGUUAGCAUCUCAGCUAACCCAAUCCAUAUGUGCCAAGCCCGGCUGCUACAGUAUGUCUGUUAGUAUUGUGGCUCUAACACUGCCGACGCUAGCAGUUAGCAUCACAGCUUUACGAUGCUAGCUCAGAACCCUCAGAGCCUGGAUGCUGUGUCUGUUAGCAUCACAGCUCCAAAUCCACCUGAAGUUGGCAGUUAGCAUUGUAUUGUGCCUCUAACACUGCCGACGCUAACAGUUAGCAUCACAGCUCCAAUCCAAAGGAGACCAGCUGUUAGCAUCAUAGCUAACCCACCCUAAAUCUCCUGAGCCUGGCUGCUGUGUCUGUUAGCAUCCUGGCUAACACACCCCCACCCCUGCUGAGUCUUUUAGCCUGUCUUUUAGCAUUGUGGCGAUAACCUAACCCAGCAGUUAGCAUUCGCAGCUAACAUGCUUGAAACCCUCUGAGCCUGGCUGCUGUGGCUGUUAGCAUCGCAGCUAACCCAAACCAUAUGUGCCCAACCCAGCUGCUACAAUAUGUCUGUUAGUAUUGUGGCUCUAACACUGCCGAUGCUAGCAGUUAGCAUAACAGCUUACAGUACUAGCUCAGAACCUUCAGAGCCUGGCUGCUGUGCCUGUUAGCAUUACAGCUCCAAUCCGAAGGAGACCAGCUGUUAGCAUCAUAGCUAACUCACCCUAAAUUUCCUGAGGCUCGCUGCUGUGUCUGUUAGCAUUACAACUUCAAAUCCAUCUGAAGUUGUCACUUAGCAUUGUAUUAGUGCUCUAACACUGCUGACGCUAGCAGUUAGCAUCAGAGCUUUCCAGUACUAGCUCUAAAUGUUCCAAGCCUGGCUGCUGUAUCUGUUAGCAUCACAGCUCCAAAUCCACCCAAAGCUAGCAGUUAGCAUUGUAUUGUGGCCCUAACACUGCCAAAACUAGCAGUUAGCAUCACAGCUUACAGUACUAGCUCAGAACCCUCUGAGCCUGGCUGCUGUGUCUGUUAGCAUCACAGCUCCAAUCCGAAGGAGACCAGCUGUUAGCAUCAUAGCUAACCUACCCUAAAUCUCCUAAGCCUGGCUGCGACUUCUUUGGUGCAGCACUCUGUCUUCUUGCAUGUGCAGUGCAUUCUGGGCAGUAGCCAGACUGGCUAUGAAAACACAAAAGUACAGAGAACACACCCACAAAAAGGGGGCGUGGCUUCAUUCUCUGCUUUGGUCAACUUUACUCCAUUACAUCGUUACACGGAAAUAAGCUUUUUGACGCAAAAUUAAUGUUUAAAAUAAGGUUUAAGCACUUUUAAAGUUGUAAUAAGGUCUUUUUUUACACUUUCUAGUAACAGGUUUAACAUAAUAAGUGAUUGUCUAAUAUUUUACAACAUAUUUAAAACAUAAAUAGAGAUGCCUUCACAUGCUUUUGCCAAAAUAAAAUUUUUGCAGGAUGUAAGGAGAAUGUAAGAGAGAGACAUAAAUAAUAGGAAUACUACGUUUUUGAUGAGAGAUGCUCUUAUAAGAAGAGGAAGAAAGUGAAAUAUAUUGUUAUAUCCUGACAGUAUAUUCCAGAUAUAUGAAUAGAGUAUAUUGUAAAAUAUUUUGAGUAUAUGAUUUUAUAUAUGGGUGCUGCAGUAAAGUGAGGCUGUGUGCUGAUUACCUGAAGAUAAACUCACCUGUAUAUUGUUACAUUAAUCCAGAUCCAGGCUGGUUUUAUAUGUUCCGUUAUAUUUCUCAUGAUUAUAAAAGCUGUUUAUAGCGCAGACGAGAGGAACAGACGAGAGGAACAGACGCUUUAAAACACCCAGAACCUGAUCACAUGACCAUCAGAGGGACGUAUAGACGCUGUCCGUCUCAUAUCAUGUAAAUGAUAAAUCAUGUGCACAAUAAAGGAACAGAAACACAGCGCUGUGUUUUACAUUAUGA